CUAAGCUUAUAAGAGAAGUUGACUAAUGACAGGCAGUUAUAGAUGAUCUUGUUUUUUUGUAAUUUAAAAAUUAUUGUAAGUGUUCCUAUAAUGAUUAGUACCUACUGUAUUAUUGAUUAUAUAAAUAUCGGCAAUCGCCACCAAUUGUCUGGGAUUUCAUUUCAUUUCUAGAAAUUGAUAAAAUUGAAUGGAGCUGCGUCAUCGAGGUAAUAGGUCCGACAACAUCCAACAAAUGGAAACGUUUCAAAUUGAUGAAAAAUCCAGCGAUACUAAAGAUGAAGCCGUCAGAAAUCGAAAAUGUCUCCCAGCCGUACCGACUCUCUUAGGUUCAUUGGCAGUAUUGAUAAUUUUAAACGUGUUUGUAUAUUACAUGGACAACAAAUUACCCAAUGUCGAAACAAAUAAUAAUUCGACCAAUAACUAUUUUGACGGUAAACGCGCCAUGUCCACAUUAAUUAAACUUGCGGAUUUAGGUCCGAGACCGGUUGGUAGUUAUGCGAACGAACGACUAGCUUUUGAUCUCCUAAAAUCCGAAAUCAAUGAUAUCAGAAACGAAGUGGGCAACGUGUACGACAUCGAAAUGCACAAUCAAAAAGUCAAUGGUUCGUUUGUUCUAAACAUGAAAAAUUGGAUGUAUUUAUUGAGUUACGAGGACUUAAAAAAUGUGGUCGUCAGGAUAGAUCCCGGACAAGGUGCGACGGACGCCGUUUUGUUGAAUUGCCAUUACGAUACGGUUCCGGCCGGGCCCGGGGUCAGUGACAACGGUGUGAACUGUGCCGUGAUGGUGGAACUGUUACGGAUCUUGGCGAAAACCCCGAGUCUCAGGAGACCAAUAAUUUUUUUGUUCAACGGCGGCGAAGAGAUCAUGCUGCAGGCCAGCCACGGGUUCGUCACUCGACAUCCGUGGUCAUCGAGCGUGAAGCACGUGAUCAAUCUGGACAGUUGCGGAGCGGGUGGCCGAGAGAUAUUGUUCCAAACCACCAAGCGGGACUCGUACCUGGUAGACCUGUACGCCCGCACCGCGCCCCAUCCGUACGGACAAGUGAUUGGCGAAGAACUAUUUCAAUCGGGCAUUAUACCGUCGGACACGGACUUCAGGAUAUUCAGGGAUUUCGGAAACGUGUCCGGCCUCGAUCUGGCGCAUUACAAAAACGGCUAUGUCUAUCACACGAGACACGACGAUCUAGACCGAAUCGAACCGUCCGUGUUGCAGAACACGGGCGAAAACUUGCUAGCGCUCGCCAAAGCGAUGUCCACGCACAACGCGAGCACGAACAGCACCAGAUCCAAGUACGUGUUCUUCGACGUGUUCGGCGUGUACAUGUUUUCCUAUACGGAACUCUCGGGGGCGUUCGCCAACUUCAUAAUCGUGCUGUUGUCCUUCUUCUCGAUUUUCCUGUCGCUAAAAUUCACCACGGUCGGGAUGAACCGCCGCGAGUACAGCUUGCACCUGUUGACGGCCAUCGUGAGUCCCGGUUGCACGAUCGUGGCGGCCGUAUUGUCGUGUCUGCUGGUGGCGUUCGCGCUGGAUCGGCACGGGUGUUCCAUGAGCUGGUACACUAACCGCGCCAACCUGCUGGUGUACUUCGGAACGGCGACAUGGUCCAUAUUGACCGUGGCGGCUUACUACCCAAAAAUCCGGUCCAGGACCGAUGCGGAAUGGACCGUGACGAUGCUCAACGGCGUUCAGCUGUUCUGGACGACGCUGCUGUUCGUCGCCACCAUGGCGAGUCUGCGCUCCAGUUACCUGUUCGCGGUCAUGGUGCUUUGGCCGUCAGUCGCCAGCUGCACGUUGGGCAUACUGAACGCCGGCCGGACGCCAGCUGUCUGGAUAGCGGGAUACGCGGCGUCGCUGUUGGUGCCCGCUGCGUUCGUUCUGUACCUGACGCAAAUGUUCGCGUCGCUCUUCGUGCCGAUCUCCGGACGCCUCGGGCCCAACAUCAACCCCGACUACGUGAUCGGCACGCUGAUGGCCAUGUCUGCGUACGCCACUGUCGGCCACCUGGCGCCGGCCAUCGCGCUAGUGAACAGGCCUCGCCCCGUCUUGGCCGGCCUGGGCGCCGCGAUUCUGCUGACGGCCGUGGCCAUCGUGGCCGUUCGGCCCAUCGGGUUCCCGUACUCGAGCACCAAGACCGAGCAGCGGAUCGAUCUGAUACACACGCGACGCGCGUUCCGCGACUUCGGCGGUGACGUCCGGCACAACGAUUCCGGUUACAUGAUCGUCAACUGGGACCGGCAGGGUCCGCGAACGGUCGCGGACCAUGUGCCGAACGCGACCCUCAUCGAUUGCGUCAGCGAACUGAUGUGUGGUUCACCGGUGACCGGGUCGUUGGCGUAUCACACCCAUUGGCUGCCGGGUCGGCCGGUGCCGCCGUCUCAGCGGUCCGAGGCCACGGCCACGGUGGUCGUAAACGAGGACGACGAGCGACGGCGACGGAUCGCGUUCAACGUAACCGGUCCGGAGAGGGUGAACGUGUACGUCAGCCCCUAUCCCGGUACGCGGUUAAAGUCGUGGAGUUUCGAGGGAGAACCUAAAGUGACCACCAAGUGGAUGGGAAACGACGUGUACGUAAUAAAGCACUCGUCGGGAGCGGGUCGCGCGGCAGGCGGCCUCCAAAGUGUGUGGAGCUUUUGGUUGGAACACGAAUGCGACCGUGGCUUCAACGAAAUGUCGCUCAACGUCACCUUGGCGUACAGUUGGGUGAUACACAAGGACUUGGUGUUGGACGACGAAUUCAGUACGUUCGUCGACUCGUUUCCGAGAUGGGCGCACGUCAAUAUUGCGGUCGCCAGCGUAGAAGCUUUUGUCUACUAAAUCGAUUAUCUUUGGGCUCGAAUGAGUAUUAUUACACAUAUCGUCAUAAUAUUGGGUAGGCAUAAUAGGAUUCCUAUUAAUCUACUUAUUGUAUCAAAAAAGUAUUUUUCACUUUUAACCUUUUUCAGCUCAAUUGAAAUAUAAUAUUAAAUGCCUAUA